GUAGCUGGACCAGGGCAGCUGAACGUGGAGGAGUACCCUUCAUGGGGGUCCCGUAGCGUCGACUGUUUCGAGAAAUUGGAGCAAAUCGGCGAAGGCACCUACGGGCAAAGAAAACAUGAAUGGAGUUGGACACAAUACGUGAUUAUCUCAUUUUUCUUUUGAAGAUUUUGAUAGUAACUUAAAUAGCUGUGGUGAGGGGCCAUGAGCCUGAUAUUUGUCGAUAAAAAAUGGAGUUUUGAUGAUAUUUUCUGUGAGACGCAACAGGUCAAGUUUACAUGGCCAGAGAAAUCAGAACUGGGGAAAUUGUUGCUUUGAAAAAGAUACGCAUGGACAAUGAAAAAGAAGGGUUUCCUAUAACUGCCAUUCGAGAAAUUAAAAUUUUGAAGAAGCUUCAUCACGAAAACGUUAUUAAGCUGAAAGAGAUUGUGACCUCUCCAGGUCCUGAGACAGAUGAGCAAGGGAAUCAAGAUGGUAAUAAGUUUAAGGGAGGCAUCUACAUGGUUUUUGAGUACAUGGACCAUGACUUGACUGGUCUUGCUGAUCGUCCUGGGCUGAGAUUUACAGUUCCCCAGAUCAAAUGUUAUAUGAAGCAGUUAUUGACUGGGCUCCAUUAUUGUCAUGUUAAUCAAGUUCUUCAUCGGGACAUUAAAGGUUCUAAUCUUUUGAUAGAUAAUGAGGGAAAUUUGAAGCUAGCAGACUUUGGGCUUGCACGAUCAUUUUCUACUGACCACACUGGGAAUCUUACAAAUCGUGUUAUUACUUUGUGGUAUAGGCCACCAGAGUUGCUGCUAGGAGCUACAAAGUAUGGUCCAGCUGUUGAUAUGUGGUCUGUUGGUUGCAUUUUUGCUGAGCUUUUGAAUGGAAAACCGAUCUUGCCUGGGAAAAAUGAGCCUGAGCAACUGAACAAGAUAUUUGAGCUUUGUGGAUCACCUGAUGAGAUCAACUGGCCUGGUGUUUCAAAGAUGCCUUGGUACAAUAAUUUCAAGCCAUCAAGGCCCAUGAAGAGACGUAUCAGAGAGGUUUUCAGACAUUUUGACCGCCAUGCACUAGAUUUGCUGGACAGCAUGUUAACACUGAACCCAGAUAAGAGAAUAUCUGCUCAGGAUGCCCUAGUUGCUGAGUAUUUCUGGAAUGAUCCUUUACCUUGCGACCCUAAGAGCCUGCCCAAGUAUGAAUCAUCACAUGAGUUUCAGACAAAGAAAAAAAGGCAGCAGCAACGUCAAAAUGAAGAGACAGCAAAGCGACAGAAAUUGCAGCACCCUCAGCAGCAUGCCCGUUUGCCUCCCAUCCAACAACAUACUGGGCAGGCUCAUCCUUCUCAUUGGCAUGGGCCUAAUCAUCCCAUCAACAAUGCACAGCCUCCCGUGUCUACUGGACCUAGUCAUAACCAAUAUGGAAGGCCCCGUGGCCCUCCUGGAGGUCCAAAUAGGUACCCUCCAAGUGCAAAUCAGAGUGGAGGAGGUUAUAACCAAAAUCGCGGGGCCCAAGUUGGAAGCUACAGUGGUGGGCCAUAUCCAUCGCAAGGACGAGGACCACCGUAUGGUGGGAGUGGCAUGCCUGCCCCCAGUCAAAGGGGAGCUGCGAGUGGUUACGGAGUUGGCCCGCCAAAUUAUUCACAAAGUGGUCAAUUUGGAGGUUCAGCUGGUGGUAGAGGUCCGAACCCGUUGGGUGGCAGCCGAAAUCAACAGUAUGGUUGGCAGCAAUAAACAGUCGAGAGGAUAUUUGAACUGAAUAGGUAUGGUUCAGUAGAAAUAUAGAAACCAGGGUGAAGAUGGCCCAAGGUAGACUUGAUCAACUUGUGUGAUGUCUAGAACGCAUUUGGUUAGUCAUUAAUUGUUUCUUAAGCUUAAAUGAUGUAUAUAGUUUUCUUUGGGGAGAUUUUCAUAUUCCCUCUUUCCAUGAAGCUGUAAAGAUGGUGAGAAUUAUAGAGAAGUAAAUUUGUAUGACAUUAUUUUUCCACCGGCUGUUUUAUAAGACAAUAUAUCAAACUGUGUUUUUUCCA